ACUUUGCACUUGUCAACUUCCGCUUACAGAAGUAUCAUGGCGGCUAGCUCACCGCGGAAUCCCCCUCCUGUACCUGGAGCAGAGAACCAAGACCCACUUUCCGAAAUGGCAGAUGAAGACAGUGACGAAGGGGAGGAUAUAUUCGUUGGCAAUAGCAACCCUGUUGCAGAGUCAUUUCAGCCUGACACAGCCAAUGGUGAAGAACCAGCUGACCUCUUCAGUGAAGAAGAAACCAGCACCGCUGUCAACAGUUCCAUCACAACCUCUAAGUCCAACGGUGUCCAUUCAGACAAUGAGAAUGAUCUAUUUGCAGUCCACUCAGAGGCCUCGGUGGAGCUGUCCAGGGAGAACCCCAGCACCACAGCCAAGACCUCUGGAGCUGAAUUCACCCCGUCACUUACACUAUCAGCAACACAACCCAGGUCUAUGGAGCAGGUAGGCUACAACAGGACAUCAGCAACACAACCCAAGUCUAUGGAGCAGGUAGGCUACAACAGGACAUCAGCAACACAAUCCAGGUCUAUGGAGCAGGUAGGCUACAACAGGACAUCAGCAACACAACCCAAGUCUAUGGAGCAGGUAGGCUACAACAGGACAUCAGCAACACAAUCCAGGUCUAUGGAGCAGGUAGGCUACAACAGGACAUCAGCAACACAAUCCAGGUCUAUGGAGCAGGUAGGCUACAACAGGACAUCAGCAACACAAUCCAGGUCUAUGGAGCAGGUAGGCUACAACAGGACAUCAGCAACACAAUCCAGGUCUAUGGAGCAGGUAGGUUACAACAGGACAUCAGCAACACAAUCCAGGUCUAUGGAGCAGGUAGGCUACAACAGGACAUCAGCAACACAAUCCAGGUCUAUGGAGCAGGUAGGCUACAACAGGACAUCAGCAACACAACCCAGGUCUAUGGAGCAGGUAGGCUACAAUAGGACAUCAGCAACACAACCCAGGUCUAUGGAGCAGUUGGAAGAGGAAAAGGAUGAGGACAGCUUUGACAUGGACGUUGCUGUCACCAAUCCAGAGAAAAUUGGAGAUGGCAUGAACGCUUACAUGGCCUACAAGGUGUCCACUCGGACUACAUUACCCAUGUUCAGAAACAGGACAUUCUCGGUGUGGAGGAGGUUCAGUGAUUUCCUUGGGCUGUAUGAGAAGCUGUCGGUGAAGCACUCCCUGAACGGCUGUAUCAUCCCUCCACCACCAGAGAAGAGCGUUGUGGGGAUGACCAAAGUGAAGGUGGGAAAGGAGGACUCUUCCUCGGCUGACUUUGUGGAGAGGAGGAGAGCAGCUCUGGAGAGGUACCUGCAGAGAGUAGUGUGUCACCCGUCCCUGUUACAAGACCCUGAUGUCAGAGAGUUCCUGGAAAGGGACGAGCUGCCUAGGGCGGUGGGUACACACACACUGAGUGGAGCUGGCUUCCUGAAGAUGAUCAACAGAGCAUCUGAUGCUGUCAGUAAGAUGACCAUCAAGAUCAGCGACUCGGACGCUUGGUUUGACAACAAACUGCAGGAGGUGGAGAGCGAGGAGCUGCAGCUGAGGAAACUCCAUGCAGUGGUGGACUCCCUGGUCAACCACAGAAAGGAGCUCUGCGGAAACACAGCAGUGUUCGCCAAGAGCAUGGCCAUGCUGGGCAACUCGGAGGACAACACAGCUCUGUCCCGGGCCCUCUCCCAACUGGCCGAGGUGGAGGACAAGAUGGAGACACUACACCAGGAGCAGGCGGCCAGUGACUUUUUCAUCUUGGCCGAGCUGCUGGCCGACUACAUCCGCCUACUUGGAGCCGUCAGGGGCUGUUUUGAGCAGCGCAUGAAAACGUGGCAGCGCUGGCAGGAGGCUCAGAGCACCCUGCAGAAGAAGAGGGAGGUUGAGGCAAAGCUUCUGUGGGCCAACAAGCCUGACAAACUACAACAGGCCAAAGAGGAGAUCACUGAGUGGGAGGGUAAAGUCACUCAGUACGAGAGGGAUUUUGAUAGGAUCUCUGUAACCGUUCGCAAGGAAUUCCUCAGGUUUGAGAAAGAGAAGUCCAAGGACUUCAAAAGCCAGAUAGUGAAAUAUCUGGAGUCUCUUCUACAGUCUCAACAGCGGCUCGUAAAGUUCUGGGAAGCAUUCCUGCCUGAAGCAAAAGCGAUAGCAUGAUGAGGCUUGGGGACGUUAGGAAGAGAACGACUGCCUUUUUGAACACUUUACCUCUUGACUAUGUACCCAGAAGACAAUGCAACAGAGGAGACAACUACUCUACAGCUCAACCAUAUUAUUUUCGCAUUAGUGAUUUAUUUUCCAGCUUUUCAGUAUGCUCUACAUCGGCACAAUGUAUCGAUUCAACAGAGAUUAAUUUGACAGUAUAGCUUGUCUAUGUAAACAUGUAAGUGGGAUAUUUUUUACUCUGUGUUCUUGGGCCACCCUUACUCAGAUAGGAAGAGUUUGACUUUCUAAUCCUAAAGUGUUCACAUUUUGAGGUACUUCCCUACAGUAGUAGUGUUUGUUUACAGUGGAGGGCAGUUCAUAACUGUUUACAAAAGCUCAUGAAAUAACUUUUGGAUCCACAAACGCAUGGGGGAAUGUAGUAAAUUGUGUGUGUCGUGUGAAAUACCACUUUGACUAGAGAGCUCAUUCAAACUGAUAGACGGACUAAUACCAACGGUCCUCAAUUUGUGCAUUUCCAGAAUUACAGUGAAGGGACAAAAUAAUGGAAGCACGGAGUGUAUGUUUAUGGUGGCCCAUCAGAUGAGUGUGCCUGCCGGUGUCUUUGUGCGUGUUCACCAUUGUUUGAUCAUCAGUUGAUAUACAUCUGUGACCUCAAAUAAUUAGGAUCAACAACAGUCUUUCUGAACUAACCAUCAGUAUAUUUUUACAUCUGUGUUCUAACAUGUAGCCUCAUUGAAUUCAGUGUGAUUGUGAAAUGUGUCAUGUUCAGUGUUGGAAAAAGUACUCAAUCGUCCUACUUGAGUAAAAGUGAAGAUUAAUCAAUAAAAAAUUACUCAAAUAAAAGUAAACGUCACCCAGUAAAAUACUACUUGAGUAAAAGUCUAAAGGUAUCUGGUUUUAAAUGUACUUAAGUACAAGUGGUCGAAAAAGUACUAAAUGUUCAUACUUGAGUAAAAGUCAAUGCUAUACAUAAAAUUCCUUAUAUUAAGCAAACCAGACAGCACGAUUUUCUUGUUUUUUAUUUGUUUACAGACAGACUGUGGCACACUCCAACACUCAGACAUAAUCUACAAAAGCAGUAUUUGUGCUUAAUGAGUCUGCCAGAUCAGAGGCAGUAGGGGAGACAAUGCAUUAUAUAGAUAGGUGUGUGAAUUGGACCAUAAUUCUAUCCUGCCUCAGCAUUCAAAAUGUAACGAGUUCUUUUGGGUGUCGGGGUAAAUGUAUGUGAGUAGUACAUAUCUUUAGGAAUGUUGUGGAGUAAAAGUAGUCAAAUAUAAAAAGUUAUGUACACAUACCCAAGUAUUUUUUUAUUAUGUACUUUAAACCACUGGUCAUGUUUCCUCACAAUUUUGAUAAACUAGCAACAGUGCUUGACUUGGACUGAAAUAGGUGUCAGUACUCAUUUUGGGUGCUGGUACUGUUAAGGUGCAGGAACUCCAUAAUACUUUUGAACUAAAUAUUCUAUAUAAGGUGCAGGAACUCAAGCAGUAGAAAAUUAGGUGCCGGUAUUCAGUUCCGGUUGGGGUUAUACCCAAAUCCAGCACUGACUAGCAGUGUGUAAUGAUGAUGAAAGCAUAGUGAUAACAAGUGUUGACUCCUUUAGUUUUCUUACCCAACAUUUAUAUGAGUAUCUGUUCUUUUUCCUCAAGAUGUGCUUUAUUUUUGUAACCACUCACAUUUAGAUAAGAUAUUCCUGAAAAUUCUAUAGAAGGGAGUAAUAAAGAUGAUUGAUUGAACUUCG